GGGAGAGAGAGUAUGUGCUGAUUCGAUUCCAGCUAUAGAAAUCGCAACAAAGCGAUUCUGAAGCUCUACGCUUUAGAAGAGGAAAAAGAAGGAAAUACAUAGAAUCACAGAUCUUUUCUUGGUCUUUUUAUUGAAUAUUUUGAUAUUGAAGAAUUGAAUGAUUCAAAAUUGUCAAAUUUGGGAGGGUAUGAUAUGUGAUCGGGGUUGAGUUUGGUUUGUUUUAGCAGAAAGCCUUGGCGGGCUUUAGGUUCUGGGGAAUGGGUCGGAGAGUGUUUUGGAUUUGGAUGUGGGGUUGUGAAGAGGGAGGAGCUCUGGGUUUGGGGGUUUGAUUAAAAAGUCUUCCGUACUUUCUGUUUUUCUGGAUGAUUUCUGUUGGGGAUGCAAGGAAGGGGCUAGGGUUAGGGUUUCGUGGUGGAGGUGGCGGGAGAGAGAUGGAGGAGAAUGAGCUUGAAGAAGGCGAGGCUAGUUCUUACCGGAACGACAACGACAAUUACGAUGGGAGCAUCGAUCCUGAUAUCGCUUUCUCUUACAUUGGUGAGAAACUUCAAAAUGUCUUGGGACACUUCCAGAAAGACUUUGAAGGUGGGGUUUCUGCAGAGAAUUUGGGUGCAAAAUAUGGAGGGUAUGGCUCAUUUUUGCCUGCCUAUCAGCGAUCUCCAGUUUGUUCUCAUCCGAGGACUCCUCCAAUAGUUCAUAACUACAGCACAGCCAGAUCUCCCAACAAUCCGCUAACAGAGGGUGGCAAUCAAAACUCUCUAGUGUCUUCAUCUGCAUCUCAGUCAGUGAAACCUAGACCUGCUUCUACUAGUUCCACAUCAUUGCCUGUAUUGAAGACACCAUCCAUGAAGGACUCUGUCAAACAAGAUAUUGGAACACCAUGUACUCUUCCUGAGGAAGUCACACCGAGAUAUGAAUCCGAGAACAAGAGAUUUACUAAUUUAUCCGACCAGAAAACACUGAAGUUUCGACUCAAAGUGGGUUCUGACAACUUGUCAACAAUAAAAAAUGCUGAAAUUUACAGUGGUCUUGGUCUUGAUGUCUCACCAUCAUCGUCAUUGAAUGAAAGCCCUUCAGAAAGUGAAGGGAUGUCCAUAGAGCCUCAAGAUAUGCCAUUUGAGUCCCCCACCACUAUUCUUAAGAUUAUGACAUCCUUUCCAGUUCCCGAGGAUCUACUCAUAUCACCACUCUCCCACGAUCUUAUUCAGUUGACUGAAAAGGAAAAGCUUAUGAAAGAUUAUAUAUCUGUGGCUGUGUCCAAGGGUGGAUUGGAAAUUACUAACAUGGUGCAAUAUGGAUCUGAGUCUAGAAAGGUUGGUGGGGAAGUGAUGGGAAAGAGGAAAAUGAAGUCUCUGAAGCUUAAUGAUGUUUCAGCAGAAUCAAAGAGUGGCAAUGGUAAGGAUGCACGAAAGGGAAAUGGGUUUAUAUCGAGGAAGGAACCAGACAAUGAUAUAUUGGCAUGUGAGGAGCUUGUUUCUAAGACUCUGAAGCUACCCCUUUUAUCUAAUUCAGAUUCUGCUGCUGGGUACAUGGAGAAAGGUGGAGAUAGGGCUUCUGAUGUAAUAAGGGAAGCCAACAAGAGUUUACCAAAGGACAAGGACUGCUCUGAUCUAGCAAAAGAGGAAUCAUCAGGGCCAACAUUCACCCAAGAGGAUGGCUGGUUUGAGAAGUCAAAGGCUCGUUCAGCUGGAAAAGCUUGGGUAGAUAAGAGAACAAGUUCUCUCGAUGACGUCCCAGCAUAUCCAAAAAAAUCUGCCCAUCCCAAUAGAGAGACGAGUUAUGACUCAGUAAAAUCUGAUUCAAAUGUUUCUAAGGGAAGAAAAGCUCUAAACAGUGAAUUCACAGAUCCUUUCAAGGAGAAGGCUAAUAAAAAAGAUACUGUCUAUGAACAAGACAGUAUAAGAUUGCCUCCUGAGAAGGAAGAUUCAUUUUCUGGGAGUAAGAAGAUGUUAAAGGGAAUUCAAAGUAAUGGAACCCAAUCUCCAGAGGUGCCAAAAGUAAGCUUGAGGGUUGGUUCUUCAGUUCACAAAACAAAGAAGGGCACCCAUGCGGAAGAAUUAAAAAUACAGAAGGAUCUUGGAAGAACUGGAAAUGGGUAUGGUGUUGGGGAAUUGGACGAAGAACAGAACCAAAUGGAUUUAUUGGAUGUGUCUUCUGGAGAUAAGGACCUCAAGGUGGUUGAGAAAUGCACAAGUGCCAUUAACAAUGCAUCAGACGAAAGAUCAAGUGCUAAGAAAUUUGAUAAGCUGUCAACAUCAGAGGCUUAUCCUAAAGCUGUUUCAAAUGUGGGUCCACACGUGGGGAAUGGGCCCAUAUCUGAUGCAGUUCCUGCUACAGGGGCUCCUUCAAUAAUAGAACUAGAUACUUGGGUCCAAUGUGACAGGUGUCAUAAAUGGCGGCUUCUUCCAUUCGGUAGAAGCCCAAAAGAGCUACCUGAGAAGUGGCUAUGUAGCAUGCUUGACUGGCUGCCUGAAAUGAACCGGUGUAGUGUUACUGAGGAGGAAACAACACAAGCUCUUAUUGCGCUUUACAAAACUCCUGCUCCUGAAAGACAAACAAAUUUGCCUGGUAAUCCUGGUGGGGUUAUAACUGGAGUGACCUUUGCCAACAUUCGGCAUCCUGAUCAAAACCACCAAAAUUUUAGUUUACAUGCUAGGGCUUGGGGUGAAAAGAAGAAAGAUGGAUCAAAAGAAAUGGCAGAUGCAUCACAUAAUGAUGGUCUCUCUCAGUUGUCAAACUCAAUGAUGAGAAGUUUGCAGUCAUCUGUGAAAGGUAGGAGCUUAAAUGAUGUGAACCAAUCUCCUCUGAUUAGAGAACCUGAUUUUCAGCAGCUAAGCAAGUCCAGUGACUUAACUGUAAAAAAAAGUAACGAGAAGCAACAAGUACGCGACAGCUAUUCUGAUGGAGGUGAUGCCAAGAGUUUAAAGAUGAAAAGCAGAAAGGAUAAUGGUGAUAAAGAUUUUUCUAGAGCUUCCAAGAAAAUUAAGACUGAUAGUACUCAUGAAGAUUGGAUGUUGGACCACAGUGGGCACAUUGGGAAGAUGGUUCCUAGCUCAAGUAAUGGUUUUCAUGCUACAUCUGAGAAAAAUCGACCUAGAUACGGUGAACACUCUUCUUUCAAGGACUCAAGGAAUGAUGCAUGUGAUGGGCCACAUGUUUCGAUUAAAAAAGCAAAUUCCAAAGUUCUGGUUUCCUUGGAUGAUGGGUCUUUGGAAAUGGGGAACUCCAAUGCUAGAGAAAAUGCUAGAAAGAGGAAAGUGAAGGAGUUCAGUGAUGAUGAUUACAGGAAGGAAAAGAAGAAAAGGGUAUCCAAGUCUGAGGGGAAAGAACACAGGUCAAGUAGAGACAGUGGUAGAAGAGACAAAAAAGGUAGUCAUUCGAAGAACCAGCAUCUUGGAAAAGACCCUGGGAGCAAUUUGUCUCAGCGAAGCUUGGAUGGUCUGGAUUCUUUGAGAAAGGAUUUAGGAUCUCUACAGCCUUCGCUGGCAGCAACUUCAAGUUCUUCUAAGGUUUCUGGUUCCCAUAAAACAAGGGUCAGCUUGCAGGAAGUGAAAGGCUCACCAGUGGAAUCAGUUUCCUCGUCACCUAUGAGAAUUUCUAAUCCAAAUAAGCUUGCAUCAGCAUGUAGGGACCUCAAAGGGAAAGAUGACCUUCCGUCUGCUGGUCCCUUUCCUGUUGGCAGUCCAAGAAAAUGCUCAGAUGGUGAAGAUGAUGAUGGGGGUGUUCGAUCUGGGACAGCAAGGAACGACAAAGCUGUCAGCAUCGCUUAUCACAGGUCCGUUGGGUCCCCUGGGCUCGAUAUUCAGGGGAGGGAUUUUCAUCACGCAUCAGGUAGUAAAGCUAGAGCUCCGAUUGUGCCUCCUUCUGAUAUCACAAAUCAAUGCCACGAUGACGAAAGACAGACAGACGGUUCUUGUGCUCGUGAGUCGUGUCCAAGGAAGUCUGGGAAGGGGUCCUCUUCACGGUUGAAGGACAAGCACCGAAGUAUCAUAACUGAAUUUGAUAUGGGUAAGGCUAAGAUUCCCGAAUCUCUCAACGACCUUCAAGACCAUCCACCUUGCAAUGAAGUAAAACCUAGGGAUGAUAAAAACCAGUUGCAGGAGAAGUUGGGCAUCAAGUCUGAUGAGUCUGAGAACAAAAAUGAUGCUAGGAAAGAUGCUGCAGGAAAAUCUUCAAGCGAGAGUAGCAAAAGAGAGAGCCAUUUAAAUUUUGGAGAGCAUGAUGGUUCACAUAUCAAAGUGGAUUCUAUCUGCAGAGAGGAUGCAGUGUCUACAACAAAGCAAACAGUGCUGCGUGACUGUGAUAGUGAAAGAUCUUCAAAAAGGCUCCCUUCUGACAAAACUGAUCAAGUUGGACUAGUUUCUGGGAGAGGGAAGUCACUACCAUUACCACCCUCUGGAGGAUCUCAAAUUGAGACAGUGAAUCGUUGUCCCAGACCAGUUACUGGGUCUCACAAUGGAAAUGGAGUGCAGAGUCCAGCAGUUGUUGCCUCUGACAGUGAUGCUGCAUUAAAGGUGCAAAAACAGGUAAGAAAGGCUGAUAGUCAGAAUGGAACUCAGCACAUUAGUUCAAGACAUCCCACACCCAAUGGGCAGAAGGCCAGGGAACUUGAUGCCCCUAGUCCAGCUAGAAGAGAUUCCUCCAGCUCGGCUGCUACCAAUGCUCUGAAAGAAGCAAAAGAUCUCAAACACUUGGCUGAUCGUCUUAAGAACUCAGGUUCGAAUCUUGAAAGCACUGAACUUUACUUUGAGGCUGCCCUCAAGUUUCUUUAUGGAGCCUCUCUAUUGGAAUCUGGUGCAAAGCAAGUGUAUAGUAGCACUGCAAAACUAUGCGAGUUUUGUGCCCAUGAAUAUGAGAAAUUGAAAAAUAUGGCUGCUGCUGCUCUUGCCUACAAAUGCAUGGAAGUCGCAUACAUGAGGGUUAUUUAUUUCUCACAUGCUAUUGCAAGCAGAGAUCGCCAUGAGUUGCAGACUGCUCUACAAAUGGUUCCUCCUGGCGAGUCCCCUUCUUCAUCUGCAUCUGAUCUUGACAACUUAAACAAUCCUACCACAUUGGACAAGGUUAACUUAGCCAAGGGUGUUAACUCUCCCCAAGUUGCUGGAAACCAUGUCAUUGCUGCUCGAAGCCGACCCAACUUUACACGGUUGCUCAGUUUUGCACAGGAUGUAAAUUUUGCAAUGGAAGCCUCAAGGAAAUCACGGAUAGCUUUUGCAGCUGCUAAUGUGAGCUUGAGCGAGACCAAAUAUGCAGAGAGUAUCUCUUCUAUUAAAAGAGCUCUUGAUUUCAACUUCCAAGAUGUUGAGGGAUUACUACGUUUGGUACGGCUUGCAAUGGAGGCCAUUAGCCGUUAAAGAACUGCAAGUGCUUGUGAAGACAAUUCAACCAUCGGAGGAAAUUCAUUUUGGUGUAUCAUGUGUAUUAAGCCUUCAAGGAACCAAAGAAGAGGCUGACCUGGAUCUCUCUUCCACACUGCGUGAUGGUUCUCUUGAGAGACUGGCCAUCACCAACCUGAGAAGUUAGUAUUCUCUAAGUUUGUCAUACAAGCUGAAUGGUGGCAGGCUGCAUCUUCCAUAUUGGACAAGGAACAAAUUUAGGAAGUUUGAUUCAAAUUAAAGUUCUGCCAAAAUGAUUCUGAGCUUUUAGAUGUAUGUGGGCAUAGGUCCAUCUGGAUUUUUAACUUGCCAUCUAUUGGCUUCUUUUUCCUUCAAAGGACAUUUUGGCUUUAUUUUUAGUUUGAUAGUUGCUUUAGAACAUGAGUAUGGGGAGCUGCCAGUAGGCACAUGAACUUUGUAAUUUUGGUUUUACAAGCAGAGACACUUCAGGAUUAUUAUACAGGAGUGCAAAAGACAUGGCAGUCUCACGUCAUAGGUGGGGACAGUUGCUCUUUGUUAUUGAUAGACAAUCAGGAUUAAAUUGGCAAAACUUGUAUGGCAGAUGGGAAAUAACUGUGAUAACCAUGACGCUCUAAGAACUACGUUUGCCGAGUAUUUUUGUAAAAAGUGUAUGUCUGUAAAUAUACAAAUCAUUGAUUUACGAUUAUACCAGGAUUUGUACAGCCUCUUUUUUCCAGAAGGGUGGAGGGUGUGUAAGAUCAUACAAUCAGCUGCACAUUUGUAUUUUAACAGGAUGAUGAUCAAUUGAGGCAGUCGCAGUGGCUGCAGAGCUGGCAGCCGGAUUAUUUGAGUGUAUGGGAAGAUUUCAAAUUUUUUAUUAUUUGUUUAUUCAUUUUCUGAUGGUUUACAAACAGCUAGUCACUAAUGAUGAGAUUUUGACCUCUCCCUGUGUACCAGCUUACUUAGUACCCAUCGUUACACCUGUAUAUUAUUAGCAACAUUGAUCUAAUAAUAAUUCUUCAUAAUAAAAAUCUUGAAAUAUUCGAUUUU